GGAUUUCCCCGGAAGUGACGUGGCCACUCGGGAGAGCAAGACGAAGAAACACGUAUCCGAGAGACUCAGGCGUCUUUGGCACCUGGGUGAACGCCCUCAAUCAAGGCGUUUGGAACAAAACUCAGCAAGUUCAUUUCGUGGCGAAAACGCCAUCGGAAACCAUAUUGCCUGCACAAUGGUGCGUGCAGCGCUGGUGACUGCCACCAGUCUGGCUCUGACUGGCGCUGUGAUUGCCCAUGCCUACUUUCUCAAACAUCAGUUCUACCCCACUGUGGUCUACCUCACCAAGAGUAGCCCCAGUAUGGCAGUGUUGUACAUCCAGGCGUUUGUGUUGGUGUUCCUGUUGGGAAAGUUCAUGCGUAAAGUCUUCUUCGGGCAGCUGAGAGCUGCAGAGAUGGAGCAUCUGAUAGAGCGAUCCUGGUAUGCUGUCACAGAGACGUGUCUGGCCUUUACUGUGUUCAGGGAUGACUUCUCUCCCCGCUUCGUAGGCCUCUUCACCCUGCUGCUCUUCAUCAAGUGCUUCCACUGGCUGGCUGAGGACAGGGUGGACUUUAUGGAGAGAAGUCCUAAUAUAUCCUGGGUCUUCCACUUCAGGGUGUUCUCUCUGAUGUUGUUGCUGGGAGUCCUGGACUUCCUGUUUGUCAACCAUGCCUGUCGCAGUAUCAUCACACGAGGGGCCUCUGUCCAGCUGGUCUUUGGAUUUGAGUAUGCCAUCCUGAUGACAAUGGUGCUCACCACCUUCAUCAAGUACACCCUCCACACUGUCGACCUCCAGAGUGACAACCCCUGGGACAACAAAGCAGUCUACAUGCUCUACACCGAGCUCUUCACUGGUUUCAUCAAGGUCCUCCUGUACAUGGCGUUCAUGACCAUCAUGAUAAAGGUGCACACCUUCCCUCUAUUCGCCAUCCGGCCCAUGUACCUGGCUAUGAGGCAGUUCAAGAAAGCUGUUACGGAUGCAAUAAUGUCACGGCGAGCUAUCCGCAACAUGAAUACACUUUACCCAGAUGCCACUCCUGAAGAUCUGCUGGCUUCAGACAACGUGUGUAUCAUCUGUCGUGAAGAGAUGGUGGCUGGAGCCAAGAAACUUCCCUGCAACCAUAUCUUCCACUCAAGUUGCCUUCGCUCCUGGUUCCAGAGACAGCAGACGUGUCCUACAUGUCGUAUGGAUGUCCUCCGGGCCUCUAACCCCAACCAGCCUCCCGCCCCAGCGCCUGCCCAGCCUCCUGCCCAGGCAGCACCUGUCAACGCCCCUGUCCCUGGUCCACCUGGGAACGUUGGCCCUGGAAUGAUGCCCCACUUCCCCCCAGGGCUGUUUCCUUUCUGGGGGCCCUUCCCUGGAGCGGCCCCCCCUGCUGGUGCUGCUGGCGCCCCAGGGGCCACAGAGACCCCAGGGGCCACAGAGGCAGCUCAGACUCAGGGAGCUGGCACCACUGGGGCCAGUACAGUCGGUGCUGCUCCUGCUCCAGGAGGCCCUAUGCCUGGGUUCCCCUUCCACUCCUUCCCACCCCCACCGUUCCCCUCAGCUCCGUGGCUGACUAUGCCACCACCACCUCCACCGUUUGUGUCAUCCAUGCCCCCUCCUCCCCCGGCCCUGUCCACCAUGUCAGAGGCUGAGCUGAGGGAGCUGGAGCAGCAGGGCCGUAGAGGCCUGGAGGCCAGACUGCAGUGUCUCCACAACAUCCACACUCUACUGGACGCUGCCAUGCUCAACAUCGACCAAUACCUCACUACCGUCGCCACACUCAUUCCUCCUCAGUCAGAAACCAGCAGCGUGGCUGGAGAGGCCAGCGGAUCAUCUCCUCCCUCCACUAGUGCAGAAACCCAGGAGAACCAGGAGAACGACUCUCAGAGCAGUACAGCCGCUGAACCUGAAGCUGUGAAUGGGGCCACAGGUUUCUCCCAGCCAGACUCUACCACGUUGGGCGACAGUGAAGACCAGGGGGAUGGAGAGGAAGUCGGGGAAGACGGAGAGCCCAACCCUUCAGAGCUGAGGCGCCGUCGUCUCCGCAAACUCGAGACCACACCCCCUCCUCCUGACCACUAAAACAUGCCAACUGGUGCAUUCUGGGAACUGACUUAAUCAAUCAAUACAUUUGAUGACCAAUUAAUAAUUAUAGCUGUAUUUUAUUUCUCUCCUUUCUCUUCCUGACUCUGUGUUUUGUGUUGUUUGAACUCAGACAGCCAAGAGAGAGGAGGAAGGACCAACUUGUUGUUCCACAACUUUUUUGUUGUUGUUGGAACACAUAAAAGUAAGAUUAGAAAAAGAAAAUACUGCCUGACAUCUUAUGAUCCAUAUGCAGGUUUUGCCCCCCCCCCUCCCGUUUACCCAAUACUGAGGAGUCAUAUUCAACACACAGACCGGACUUCUUCAAAUACACACCUGUCCUGAGACUGGACUUCUUCAAAUACACACCUGGCCUGAGACCAGACUUCUUCAAAUACACACCUGGCCUGAGACCAGACUUCUUCAAAUACACACCUGUCCUGAGACUGGACUUCUUCAAAUACACACCUGUCCUGAGACCGGACUUCUUCAAAUACACACCUGGCCUGAGACUGGACUUCUUCAAAUACACACCUGGCCUGAGACUGGACUUCUUCAAAUACACACCUGGCCUGAGACUGGACUUCUUCAAAUACACACCUGGCCUGAGACUGGACUUCUUCAAAUACACACCUGGCCUGAGACCGGACUUCUUCAAAUACACACCUGGCCUGAGACCGGACUUCUUCAAAUACACACCUGGCCUGAGACCGGACUUCUUCAAAUACACACCUGGCCUGAGUUCUUGUUCAGUGACGACAAAGUGAACAGUGUUUCUAAAUCUCAGGUCACUGGUACUUGUCCUUCCGACUGUGAAAGGUUACUUCUUCUUCUUCUUUCCCCCGUGACUAUAAAAUUGAUCCUCCUUAUUGUCCAGCUUGUCAGACCGUGUUACAGGGAGGUCUGACCCAUUGACUUAAAGGAAGCAAUGUUAAAUUUCAAUCUGGCUUUGUCUGUAAUGGUACCCUAUUCCCUAUGUAGUGCAUAGGUGUCUGGUCCAAGUAGUGCACUUCCUAGGGAAUAGGUUGUAGCCAUAUAGCGUCCCGAGUGAUGGACGACUUAAUACCCUCUCUGGGAUAUCAAGAUUUUGCUGCAGGCGUGAGCAUUAUAACUUAAUAAGAAAUUGGGUUGAUUUAACCUGUACAUACUGUAAAAAAAAUUGUUUUACUAGGGAUGACCUGUACAUACUGCAGAAUAAACCAUUGAAAUGUAA